UGAGAUUCCCCAAUGACUGACGGAGAACUAGAGCCUCAAAUAGCCUUACCAUUGUGACCACAGCCGCAAUGUGGACAGUCCAAUCAUAUGUUUUUCUAUACGAGAAGGAUCGACAUUUGGUCUUGGACCGGUCACGUGGUUGCCAAGUUGGGAUACGAGACCCCCCCCCCUCUUUACUCGAUUUCUUCUCCUGAGGGAUCUCUGUGAGAGGGCUGAUAAGGGACAUACGUUCUUGAGGAAGUGAAAUUAACAAAGGAUCUAGAUAUGGACCCGUUAUUGAUCGCGGGCAGCUCGACUGCCCUGAAAGCAUCCUGCCACGAGAUCAUCUCAUUCACGUCAGGAAUUCUGCGUGAUGACGUUCCAGAUGGGGACAUGACAAUCUCAAACGCAGGUCAUGACCUAAGUCGUAUCUGUCUCGUCCUGGAUGAGAUCAUCCCCACAUGGAGGGCGCAUUCCUCCAUCCUGAUGACGCACCCGUCUGCCAGUUUCGGGAUGUGGACUUGCAUGCAGACUAACUUAGACAACAUCCGAGUCACGCUCCAGCGGCUACGGCAAGAGCUGGAACCUAUUGUCAAGGGCGGGCAGAAGAAGCGCUCGCUGUUCAAGGUUUACGCCAAGGCGUGGAUAUUGGGCUUGCAUAGCAGCGCGAUUAUUGCGUAUCGCGGCCGCCUGGAACCACACCGUAAGGCUUUGAGGGUUGGCGCCACUAUGAUGAACAUGUAUGUGUUUUCAUGGCAACGGAGUUUGAAUAUGGUUGGUAUGGGUGCUGAUUUCAUCUGAGGUGUGUGCGGCUGCAACAAAAUGCACCGGCCCAAGAGAAGCAAUCGUCGCUUGUUGUCUUGGACAUUGAGAUUAAGGACCUCGAGGCGGCUGUACAAUCUAUGAAGAAGCUGUCUUUUGUGU